AAGAAAACUAUUAGUCGUAUUGAGGUGCUCUCUGUAGAGGCAAACUAGCUCACAUUUAUAGUUUCCAGCAUUGGUUUUGUGGCACUGGUUCAGUUUAUCUUAAACUUUAUCAGUACAUAGUACGAGAUAAGGCGGUUUCAGCGCGCCAUGAUGCUGAAACUCAUACUCUUCGCUAUUAUGAUGGUGUGGACUGUCUUUGCAUUUGGUGACUCAGAUGGUGAACUUACAAAAGUUCGAAGAAUAGAAGUAGCAGAGAUACCACCUUCAACAGUAACACAGGGAAAACCUUACAAAAACAACGAGGAAAGAUGUGCAGCAGCACAUGCAGUUGAUAAGGACCUCUCAACAGUAGCAGCAACUGAAACUGAUAACGGAGCAGGCUGGUUAAAACUAGAGUUUGAUAGAACCUACCUUAUCCACAGGGUCCUUAUCUACUACCGGUUCUAUACCAAUUGGUACGACCCUGAUAAUUGGUGUGCACUUAGUGAAGCUAACUUCAGAAAAUGUGUGGAUGCUGAAAACAACGUGGAUGUGUCAGUGUACCAGGGAGAGGUAAAACAGAAGUCUUGUGGAACACUCCAACUAACAUACGGACUAGAGCAGGCAGACCAGAUCUACACACUGAUCUGUAACACUGAAGGAGACACAGUGAAACUCAGCAAGAGUACAGGACACAUAGCUGUUUUUGAAGUAGCUAUAAUUAGCACAGUUCUUAAACUGAAGUUGGCAGAGGUAACUCCAACAACAGUUACACAUGGAAAAACGUACCUGAACAACGAGAAAAGUUAUGCAGCAGCAUAUGCAGUUGAUAAGGACCUCUCAACAGUAGCAGCAACUGAAACUGAUAACGGAGCAGGCUGGUUAAAACUAGAGUUUGAUAGAACCUACUUUAUCCACAAAGUCCUUAUCUACUACCGGUUCUACACCAACUGGUAUAACCCAGAUUAUUCGUGUGUACAAAAUGAAGCUACUUUCAAGUAUUGUAUAAAUACGGUUACCAACGUAGAUGUGUCGGUGUACCAGGGAGAGGAACAGCUGAAAUCUUGUGGAACACUACAACUAACAUACGGACUAGAGCAGGCAGACCAGAUCUACACACUGAUCUGUAACACUGAAGGAAACACUCUGAAACUCAGUAAGAGUACAGGACUCAUAGCAGUCUCUGAAGUAGCUACAAUUAGCACAGUUCUUAAGCAGAAGUUGGCAGAGAUAACUCCUCCUAAAGUUACAAACGGGAAGACAUUAGAUAACAACGAGGAGAGUUAUGCAGCAGCACAUGCAGUUGAUAAGGACCUCUCAACAGUAGCAGCAACUUACACUGAUAAAGGAGCAGGCUGGUUAAAACUAGAGUUUGAUAGAACCUACCUUAUCCACAAGGUCCUUAUCUACUACAAGUUCUACACCAACUGGUACAAUCCUGAUGACUGGUGUGUACAAAGUGCCAAUUUUAAGACAUGCCUAGAUUAUCACAACAAUGUAGAUGUGUCAGGUGUACCAGGGAGAAGUAAAACAGAAGUCUUGUGGAACACUCCAACUAACAUACGGACUAGAGCAGGCAGACCAGAUCUACACACUGAUCUGUAACACUGAAGGAAACACUCUGAAACUCAGCAAGAGUACAGGACACUUAGUUGUGGCUGAAAUUGUGGUUACAGGAGAAUUGGUGUGCAACAGCUUUGAUAGUUCAGCAUUCUCUGGAGUAGCAGACUUAACACCAGAGUUACCAGUACCAGCAGGAACUGUUCUUACAGUGAGAUGUGAGAAACCUAGCAGAUUUGCAAUCAUAUCCGGGGAUAAGACUCUGACUUGUGAACUAGGAUCGGUGUUUUCCUAUACAUUCCUGCCAAAAUGCGUGCUUAUAGGUAAGAAGUGAAUAUUUUCUGUUUAUCAAAGACAUUGAAUGAUACCAGGGCAUCGAUCGAUGUCUUUGUAUAAGCAAGAAUGUGUGUUCAAGUUUAAAAUAUUUUAUUAUAAUCUCGGAGAAACAUUCAUGGAGAAUUAAACAGCUGCCAUAACUAUACUAUGGGAAAUGGUGCAAUAUCCUUGCCAAUACGUAAAACUAAGCUCUGAGCACUUUUCAUGACAACUUGAUAAUUCAAAAGGUUAGGUAGUGGAAAUAGUUUAAUAUCCUUGCCAAUACUUAAAACUUAGCUCUGAGCACUUUUCAUGAGAACUUGAUAAUUGAAAAGGUUAUGCAGUGGAAAUAGUUUAAUAUUCUUGUUAAUUCUUGAAACUAAUUUUGGGGAUGGGGAGGUUUUAACACCUGAUUACAGAAGCAGAUAAAGCUGACUUAAAGAUAGCACACACAUCGAGGACUGUUUCGUGCUGGUCUCGAAAAUCCUCAAUUUCUACCCUUAACAGGAUAGUUCUUCCAUGUUUGGAUUAAAAAUCAAGGAUUCGGUCGGUGAGAUCUUCUCAAUCAUCUAAGUUCAGACAAAGUAGAAGAAAGAACCAGUCUCCAGACGAGAUGAACAGUAAGCGCCUUGCUGUAAACUCCAGACAACUUACUCGCAUGAAGAUAACACAGCGGACGGGAGACUAACAGAAAAUCUACCUGAAGUUCUACCAGAAGUUCUACCUGAAGUUCUACCCUGAAGUUCUACCCGAGAAGAGAAAACCUACAAAACUGGAGACUUUACAGCUAGCUAUACAGUAUCUCAGACAUCUCACCAUGGGCCUGGAACAUUACGGAUAUUAAAACACUACAUUCACAGAUUACUUUGGGAAACCAUUAUUAUUUCUUUUUGUCAGUAAUUAAUAGAAGUCUUUCCAGAUGAACAUAUUAUUCAGAAAAGGACUUAUAAUCCAGAUUACUUUUUCUUUCUAUUUUUGUGCGAUCGCUCCCAUGUUGUAAAAUUGUUCAUGCUCAUCUUAGUUAAACAUUUGAAUAAUAUUUUAACCCGUUUCUACGUUUGUAAGACCAGGAUCUUUAUCUCUUUAUUUACACAAGAUAAUCGAUUUUUAGAUGUAAAAAUCGUCUUGCAC